AUGGACGCCUUCCCGCCCCCCUCUGAUACACUCUCCGCCCUGGAAGCGAUUGCUGACGCCACCUUACUUUUCGAUAACCACGCCCACCCAUUUCAUCUCCCUAACCCCAAAACUCAUCUACCUCGCCUCCGUGCCCUUCUAACCGAAGCCGCUCCCCCACACCCGUCUUCCACACUCGCUUUCUACCGCUCCCUCCGCGAUAUCUAUCGCCUUCUUGCCGCAGAAUCGCCUCCUUCCAGCUCCAGCUCUACAAGAGACACUUCUUCCAUCGGCUAUCCAAAUGAAGCGCCUCCGCAAGUUGCACACCCGCACGCCCCUGACACGCAGUCAGAGACGGAGACCAUUGUCGAGGAGACCCGAGCUCGCAUCGGCGUCUGGCCACUCGCCGAGCGCUGCUUUUCCGCAGCGGGCAUCGCUGCUGUCUUGCUAGAUGAUGGCUUACAUGUCCCUCGCGGCGUGCGUGCUGUAUCUUUGGAAGAAGUCACAACAAGGCUCAACAUCCCCGUGGCGAAGCGCGUGCUGCGCAUAGAGAAGGAGGCCGAGCUAGCUCUAGCUGACGUCAUACGGGAGAAUGAAUACCAGGCGUGGAGCCGUGCGCCGCGAGAGCCGCCGUCACACACGGGGACGGAAAAGCGUCCGCGGAACGCGAUGCGCGCGAGACAAUUUCGGGCUGCGCUGACUGCGCGACUAUGCCCGCUGCCGGAGGGGGUAGUCGCGCUGAAGAGUAUAGCAGCAUAUAGAGGAGGCCUGGACUUGGACUUGGAAGGGGGCGAUGAGGAGCUGGAGGAGGCAUUGGCAGGGGUAAGGGGAGAGAGGAUUGAGGACCGAGUGAUUGUGGCGUGCGUGGUGAGGAUGGGCUUGGAGGUAGCGAGGCAGUACAAAGUACCUUUACAGAUCCACUGUGGAUUUGGCGACACGGAUUUAGACUUGGGGAGGGCCAAUCCGGUGUUGUUGAAGAGCGUAGUAGAGCGAUAUCCGGACGUGGAUAUUGUUUUAUUGCAUGCAGCAUGGCCGUAUACGAGGGAGGCGGCGCACAUGGCAGCGGUUCAUCCAGGAGUUUACUUAGAUCUGGGGUUGGCGAUUCCAUUGCUGUCAGUGAGGGGAAUGUUUCGGGCGGUGGAUGCGGCCCUAGAGAUUGCACCGGUGGCGAAGCUUUUGUACUCUUCGGAUGCGCAUUCAGCGCCGGACGUGUUCUAUCUCGCCGCGAGAUGGGGGCGACGUGUUAUUGCGGCGGCUGUAGCGGCGGCUGUAACCAGUGGAGACUUGGACUUGUCGGAGGCGAAGUCGGCGAUUCGAAUGAUCCUCGCAGAGAAUGCUGUACGAUUGUACCGCCUGCCCGUCACGGUGUGA